AAAAUUUUACUUGAUGGCUCUUGCAGCUCGGCCACCGACAUGCCAUCCAGACUCAGGAAGACCCGAAAACUUCGGGGCCACGUGAGCCACGGCCACGGCCGCAUCGGCAAGCACAGGAAGCACCCGGGGGGGGGGGGGCGAGGUAAUGCUGGUGGCUUGCAUCAUCACAGGAUCAACUUCGACAAAUAUCACCCAGGUUACUUUGGGAAAGUUGGUAUGAGGCAUUUCCACUUAAAGAGGAACCAGAGCUUCUGCCCAACUGUCAACCUUGAUAAACUGUGGACCCUGGUCAGUGAGCAGACGCGGGUAAAUGCUGCCAAAAGCAAGACUGGAGUUGCUCCCAUCAUUGAUGUGGUGCGAUCGGGCUACUACAAAGUUCUGGGGAAGGGAAAGCUACCAAAGCAGCCUGUCAUUGUGAAGGCCAAGUUCUUCAGCAGAAGAGCCGAGGAGAAGAUUAAGGGUGUUGGUGGGGCCUGUGUCCUGGUAGCUUGAGGCUACGUGGAGGGAAGUUCCAUUAAAAUGUCCAAGUACCUUUGUCAAAAA